AUGGACAAAGCUAAGCUUGCCGUGGCAGGACCGCUUAGUUUGGGAAAAAGUCUUUUUGCCAAUCCAACAUAUUCACUGCCUCAGUACUCGGCACAGUGGGCCCUGCCGUCUCAGACGUCGCACGAUAAACCGACCGAUAAGAGGCGAUCAAAUCUCAGGUUGCUCAUGACAUCUUUGAUUCUAGACCGAGACGACAUACGGACGAUUCUCCAUUUAGAUUGCCUCAGACUACGUACUUGCAACGCGAGAACAGAUUCCACAGACGCAGACCUGCAUGCUCUUCUCGGAGCUGUAGAGCGCAUAGAGUUCUGCGUAAUUGCUCUGCAAGAGACCAAUAGCAGAAGGAGCCACGUCCGACAGAUGAGUGACACUCGUGUACACUUCUCAUUGCCGGAGAGAAGAUCCUGUCGCGAAAUGUAG